GAUAUACUUGGGUUCUCAGCCAAUAGUACAGAGGAGUCACGCUACAAUACUUUCCAUCUAUUUUCACUGCUACUGGUACAAUUUAUCCGGGCUGUAUAGCGGAUCAUCUCCGUGAUCUCCUCACCAGCGAAACUGAAGGGAGCGAUAAAACUCUCCGGGCUGGAUCGCAUCCGAGCUUUUUUCAAUCGUUCAAAUCGACAACAAUCGCUCUCAACUCGUCUCGAUAAACCUUCUACGUCAUGUUAGAAUUCAACGACGAUGCGUCCAGGCGCGAGAAGUGCUUCACCAGCCUAGGACAGCUGCCGCCAUUCAUCGAUCCUAAGCAGCCACCGACAAGAAAAGUCCCGUUCUCGGCCAUUCUGGGCCAUCCUUUCGUCCAUACAGUUGAAGUCACCUUACCAAAAGAGGCAUACACGACCAUCCAAACAUCCUUGGACAGCAAACUACAGAAGCUCCGCUAUGCGAGGGUGUUCAUGUCCCUGUCGUCUCUACUGGAGACGGAAUUCUUCAACACCUACAUCAAGAAAGGAAACCUUCUUAUGAUCUCGGAGGGCCGAUCAGGCUCAGACAGCGUCUUCACGCUCCGAGAUGGCAUCUUGAAGCUUGAGCUCAGCAGGGAGAUCUUCGAACGAACCGGUCUAACCGGCAAGCCCAUCCGCAGCGGCGGCAGGAAACACGCGAAAGAGCGAUACAUCAUCGAGCUCAACCUCCGCUUACCAUCGAUGCUCCACGGCAAGAAGGGCUUCAAGCGGAUCGAAUGGGCCUUCCAAAACGUCCUUACUCAAUCCGUAGCCUGGCUCUUCUUCGACCUUUCAUCCGAGACUAAUGGCAUCGCCGACGACGACCUAUCCCUCAAAGGCAACCACCCGCAAAUCAUCCGCUGCACGCCCGCCAUCACCGAACACCCCCAAAUCCUCGUUCCGCCUCUCGACACCCUCAAACUCAUGGACCCAUCCCCCCCCGCCACCGCCACCGCCACCACCACUGCCCACCAAGAGCAAUUGCAAAACCAAUGCGCCGAGAUCUCCGAAUGGCUGGCGAUGGUCUCCCUCGCCUCGCCGCGCGUCACCGCCGCCGACGACGUGGACCCGUACCUGAGCCGCUACAGCGUGCCGGACGCGGACGGGGCCACACCGACCGACCUCGUGACUCUGCGGUGGCGCGGCCUGAUCCCUCCCAAAUGGAUUGUGGGGUUGCUGGUGCAUUUACUGCGCGAGACGGCUGCCGGUGGCUCUGCGGCCUCAUCGUCCGCUUGGUUUGCUAUCUCGGCGAAUGCGCUGGGCCGGGAGGCGGUGGAGGCUCGGGAUGGGUAUUCGCUGUUGGUGCUUCCGGCGUUGAUGCCUGCUGCGCCUUCGGGGAGGGGCGAGGAUGAUGCGAACGGGGGCAAGGAUGCGAUUGCGGCUGCUCGGCGGAUGGGACGGCAUUUUCUUAGUUGGGAGUUUGUGGGGGCGUCGGUUCUACAGUAACGGGGUUGAUGUUCUGGAAACCGUUGGAAAAGCGUAAUUGAUUAUACCCCCCGUGUUGGAGAACGUUAUAUCCAGAUAAGAAGGUUUAUGCUGCAUGUAUAGAGAUGGCCACUUAU